AUGGUCAAUAACACUCUCAUCGUCAAGUUCGAUCACGGCUGCUUGAACCCCAGCUCCAGCGACAGCUUGUGUAUCUCCAAGAAAGUCAAUGGCGUUUAUAACGUCGUCUUUGAUAAUGCUGCUCCAAGACCUGCGGUCGGGCAGAAGAAGCUUUUAAGCAAUAAUACCUUUAACUUUACGACUAAUUAUCAAGUUUAUUUUACUCAGGAUUAUUCAAACGAUGCUUUGAUUAAUAGCGCUACCGAUCCAAAGGAUAUUGGCCUCGGUCAAUAUGUCGAAUGGCAGGAUAAUGACCUAAGCGAAGCUGCAAAAGCUGAUGUUAAGCUCCUCUCUACUGAGCAGGCCAAGUCUUCUUUUGCAGUUAAGAAUGCUCCAAAGUCUUUCCAUGUUGCUGUUAAGGCUUCUACUGGAAGGUCCUGGUCCACCAUCUUUGUUGACCCUAAUGAACAUAUGGGCGGAGGCACUAUCACCCUGACUCCUAAGAACGAGUAUAUUCUCUACUGGUAUAACCUUGCCGAUACUGAGUAUGUUCACGAGGUCUUCGAAGGUGAGGCCUUCAAGUUCAGCUUCCCACCCGGAGACUCCACUAGGACCAUUCGUUAUGGAUAUGCUACUCAAGACCAACCAGCCGAUGGCAGCGAGUCCCCAUCCUUUUACAUUGUGGGCGCUUAA